CCGCCUCCUCCCACCUGUGGAGUUAUGUUUCCCCUUUUGAGAAGCCGCAUCGAAAAGAACUUCCUCUUCCUAACGAGUAAAAAAUGCAUAAACACGAAUGUACGGCUGCGAAAUCCGUAUUACAGGAAAAAGGGGUUUUGGGAAUGGAGGAGAAGAAUCAUCCAUAGGUACAACGAAAGGAGGUAUAUCCGGAAGGGCAUAGUGCCAAAGAUACCAAAGAAAGAUGAAGAGAAAAUAAAAAAUAAAAAGGACGAUGUAUAUUGGACAUUCAAAGUGUAUCAGUUAAAAAUAAGUUUGCGUAAUCUGUACAACUUUGGUAGACUCAUUAAGGGGUUACACCUGGAAGAUGCCAUCGUCUAUUUAGAAUCCAUCCCACAGAUAAGAGUAAAUAAUAUUCUCAACUCUUUGCUAAGUUCAAAAGAAAAAAUUGUACACAAAUUUAAUGGAGAUGUAUCUCGUCUAUAUAUUGACAAUGUGCAGAUACAUUACAACACGCCGAUGAAAUUUAUAAAGUACCAUGCGUUAGGGCACUUUGGAUUAGUGAAAAGUUAUAGAAAUACCUUUACGUAUACUAUUAAGCAAAUGAAUAUACAAGAGUUUUACCAUAAGAUUUUUAUCCGUGGGAAUGUCCCUCGCACGCUGUCUCAUAAUAUGAGGUUGUAUCUUCACCAGGGGAGAAUCAACAAGGAAAAUCUAAUUCAGUGGUAUCCCUACAUUUGUGCCAACUCAAGGUACUACUUUAGGGAAAAGUUACGCUACCUUAAUAAUACCCACCAAUUUGAUUACUACAAAUCGAGGCGUGCCUGGAUAAAGAACUACUUUAGCAAUGUGGUCCGAAGGACCCUGGAGCUGAAGACGCAGAGGAAGGCGCUCACCCCUCAGUAG